AUGGAAACCGCUGCAAAGGCCUCGAAAGCAACACAGGAACGUUACAGGACCAUGAAGGUGGCUGCUGGGAAAGGCUGGGGGGCUUCCUUUAAGGGUGCUGAGCGUGGACUUGGACGGGUGCACACAGCCGAAGACCUCCUUUGCCUCCUGCGCGCGCGCGCACGCAAGUCCCAGCUGCGCCGACCUGCAGCGCAGUCCUCGGGUCAGCAAAGUACACUUACCUCCUCCGGCCGCCUGAAGACCGCUGUCCACCCCGCGAGGAGGAGGAGGAGACCGGACAGGCAGCGCCGCAACCCUGCGGGACCCAGGGGAGCCGGUCGGGGACCAACCGAGGGGGGAGGCGCCUUCGGCCGGAGACGGCUGCGGACGCGGUGA